UGUAAUAAAUAAAAUAUGUGAAAUUAAAGUUUUAUACAAAAAAUGGUAUCAAAACGGAUAGUCCGAAGGACUUAGGCUAACACCAUUUAUUAAAUGCAGUAUUUUAUACUUAAUAAAUUUUGAAAAAACGAAAUAAAAUAACCAAUGAAUUGAAAAAGGGAAUAAUAUUGAACAAAAAUAAUAAAGUUUAUGGAAAUUAGAAUAUAAAAUUAAUCAGAAAGAAAAAAUUGAGGAACCUACUUCGUAAUAAAGAAUUGAGUAAAAUUAUUCUACAACAGCCAAGAGAUCAGUAACUCGCAAAGAAAGCUUAAUGUUAUAUUAUAAAUUGGCAAUUACACCUAAAACGAUGUUUUCGGAAAAAUAAAAAGGGACGUGAUGAACAAUAAAUAUUAAUAAAAAUUUAUAAAUGUGUAUCGACUUUAAACAAUGAAGUGCAUAAUAAGUAUCAAUUUGUUAUUGAAAUAAGUUUUACUGUAUAUUAAAUUAUUUAAUUACAAACUGCCUAAUAACUUUAUGUGUUAUCUUAUCCGCAUAUAACAUAAGUUUUGAUUGUUAGGAAAUAAAAAAACUGGUGAAAACUCCUAGCGACAUUGGCUAAAGAAAUAACAAUGAUUAAAACAAGGAAACAUUACAAUUAUCUGUAAUUUAAAACAAUUUCCUACAUGCACUAUUAACAGAAACAGAUCUCGCCUUAAGCACUUGAUUGGCCAAUUUUGCUUGUUUAAUUUAAUUCUGUACUCUUCAUAGUGCAUGUUGCAAAUUGCUCUGAUCGAGGCAAAGUUAUAGGAGAGCAACAUGUUUAGAAGCUGUAAUUUAAAGUACCUGUGUGGCACCUUGAUCUGUCUUAACUUUUAUUGUGAUAUUGUUUUUUGCGACUUAAUUAAGGUAGAUAAAAAUAUUUUGGAGGAUGCCAAUCUGAUCACGCCGGAUCUAAUUAAGAAGUAUGGCUAUCCGGCGGAAACGCACAAGAUUCAAGCAAAGGAUGGCUUUGUCCUUACGGCUCAUCGCAUUCCCAAGCCUGGUGGUCAACCCGUGUUAAUGGUCCACGGCCUGCUGGACAGUUCCAUUGCAUUUGUGAUCUUGGGACCAGAGAAGUCCCUGGGCUUCCUGCUGAGCGAUUUAGGAUACGACAUUUGGCUGCUGAAUACCCGAGGCAAUCGGUAUUCGCGCAAGCACAAGCGAUUCCACCGAUACCAACCGCAGUUCUGGGACUUCUCCUUCCAUGAGCUCGGGAUGUACGAUCUUCCAGCUGCCAUCGAUUAUGUCCUGGCGAGGAGCAAGGGCUUCGAACAGGUCCACUAUGUCGGCCAUUCGCAGGGCACCACAUCCUUUUUUGUGAUGGGAAGUGAGCGACCCGCUUACAUGAAGAAAAUCAAACUGAUGCAGGCCCUGGCUCCGGUGGCCUAUUGGGACUACAUCGAUUCACCCAUUUUACUGACUUUCGUCAAAUACAUGAGACCCCUAGCUUUUCUGGCUAGAUCGUUUGGGCUCUACGAAUUCCCUGUCGAGAACGAAGUGUGGCGACGACUUUACCACCAGAUCUGCAGCUUUGCAUUCCAGAACACGUGCGCCUACUUCAUCCAGGAAUUAAUGGGCGUGGAUAACCAACAGUUUAAUACCAGCCUCGUCCCGCUUUUCACGGGACACGCAUUCUCGGGAUCUUCACUCAAGUCCGUGGUGCACUAUGGCCAACAGAUCCACAGCGGAGGGUUCUUCAAGUACGACUACGACAACGCCUGGGAGAAUCGAAGAAGACACGGCGCCGACACUCCGCCACAGUACAAUGUGGCUAAUGUGGACUGCAAGGUGGCACUGUACUACAGCAAAAACGAUCGACUGACCUCCGACAUAGAUGUAGUACGAUUAAGAGACAAUCUGCCAAACGUGGUGCACGACUACCUGAUCCCGGCUCCCAAAUUCAACCACAUCGACUUUAUUUGGGCGAAUGAUGUGAAAACCAUGCUCUACGAUCGAGUGCUGGAAGUCAUGCGGCAAGUGGAAAGUGACGAAUUGUAGAUUGACUAUCAACAAAUAUUAGAGUGUGCCAAAAACAAAACCAAAUUUAUGUUUGAACAAAUUUUUUUUUUUUUAUAUAACAUAUAUUUUAUUUAUACGUUAAUCAGCCAAUUUAAUGGCUAUAAAACGUAGGGACUAAAAAGAGUAACAAUCAUAACAGGGAAAAACAUAACAGCAGCGAUAAAUGUCAAUAUGUUUUUGACUUUAAAAUUAACAGAAGUUUUUGGUGAUGGUCACGAUUAUAUUUUAUUUAUUGGGGAAUGACUCUCGUUCUUUGUAGCCUCCUUUAACAAAUUACAAAGAAAAACGCUUUUUCGGUUUACAAAUACACACUUACAAUGUUAAAGUUUAAUUUACAGAAGGUCGUUUUAUACAUUUUCCGGUAAAGGUAUCUUAAUUAUCAUAAGUAAAGGUGUUGUAUAAAAAAGUAAAUAAAAGUACAUUUACUAAACCACGGGUUAAGCUCAGUACUAUUUUUUAAUUGAAAAAAUAGCUAACUAAAUUAAAGUAAUUAAACAUCAAAGUUAUGUGUUCUAUAUAAUAGUCAAUUUGUUAAACAAUCUUAAAUAACGAUUAAAAUGUUAAGUAUCUCUUGUAACAACAUAAACAUUUGUAUAUACAGUUUAAAUAAAUAUUUU